AUUGAGAAGAAAUAUUUUCUUCUAUUUUUUUCUACCACGUUUGUCAAUGGUGUCCCGUCAAAAAAAGAAAUCAAUAAAAUAACACUGUGUGGUUAAUAGUAUUAGAGAUUAUAAGGUAACCCCCCAAAUGCAGGUGCAUCAAGAACAAUGUCAGUGAGCAAUACUGGACAGUAUGUGUAACAGUACGUGUAGAUCAGUGGCCUAGCCAGGAAUUCAUUUCAGUGGAGGAUAAGGACAUAUACUCAAUUAAAUUAUUGAUGAUCUGAUAAGUAUAACAUGCUCAUGCAGCCAAUGUUGGCAACAAUCAAUCAUGUCGUAUUAAUAAUGUUGCCUUAUGAAAGUUACCUUGAAAAUGACUGAAAUAACAUGCUAGAAAUAGAGGGGAAAAUGACAUUUUUACACUGAUAUAAUGCUACCUUUUUUUUCUCUUGCUGCAAACCUCCAGUAAUUCAUUGCAUGUCACCUCGUUAUCCCAAAGCUCAGAGUGUAACCAGCUGGCUUUCAAACAGAAAUGAAAAAAAAAUAUAGCAUGAUUUCAGUUGUUUAAAUCCGUUUCUCAUCAUCGUAAAUGGAAGCAAUAAAAUGUGAUUAAAGAAAAUAAGGCAUGUGUUUAGUUGACUUUUGGGAUGGUUAAAUAUAGAAGAAUUGCGGUGAUGACUUUGUUGAUCAUGUAUGGACGUUGUUAUAGCUCAGUUACUGUGCUUUUUGUGUGUUAUUGUACUCGAGGUGUUGUUUGACACAUAUAUACAGUAUAAUCAUCUGCACUGUAUGAAUAUCAUGUGAGUCACGCAAGAUGAAACAAUUCUAAUUCGACAUCUCUUGGUGCAAUUUAAACCAGGCUGCUUCUUCAAAGUUGAAACGCGUUAUUAAUUGUGGACGUCUAGUAGUAGGUAAUCAGGCAAAUAGAUUUGUGUCACGAUGUUAACGACGUUCUGCCGCUCAACCAAGAAGACUUUUAUCAGUUCACAGAGGUCCUACAAAGCCACUGGGGUGAAAUACAGGAAGUUCAAGAUUUUAAGACCAGUUGUCUUGACAGUUCCAUAACCUGGAUGGCUGACUAUAUUUUAUUUAGUCAUGCAGCCAGAAACAAUAACUAUUCACACUGAGAAGCCAGAUGUGGGAUCACUUUGGAUACCCUCCAAGCAAAUCCCCAGAAGUUUACUGAGGUGCGCUGCCCAAAGCAGUGAGCAGAUAUGAGGUCUGGACCAACAUCCUGAAUCAACUCCUAACUGCUCUGGCAGCACAUAAAAAGCUUCAAUCUACCGCAGACCAAUCAGCACUCGUUUAUAGACAGUUGACAAUCCAGAAGGCAUGUCAUCACUUAUUUUAUCCCCCAUGAGGCUUAACACAAACACACAGGCCCUUUUUGUGGUUUAAUAUCAGUAAUAUUCAAGGAAUGUAGGGCAAUCACAACAGCCUGGAGGUGGCUUUAGGAAAUGGCUGUCUCUAGAUAAAGCUAGUAAAAAGAUUCAGUGGCAUUUAAAUAACAUUUUUAACACUAUAGCAGCUGUAGACUAUGGACAUGCUGUAUAAUAAUUAACCCUCAAGAUUAAAGGAAUAGUUCAGUCCAAAAAAAUGACAUAAUAUUCCACUGAAACGGUGAAGAUAACGUAGUCUAGACUAAAGAAAUCUGCAUUUUUCUGUCAGAGCAGUGUGCAUGCAUGUUUCAGCUUGCUCAUUUGAACUGUUUUUGGCAAGCACAGGUGAAUGUCUUUUAACUAGAAGGAUCCUAGCUGAGAUCUAUUUUAAGAGCAACCAGCAACUUGACAUGGAAAUAUUCAAACCUCAUCUUGGAUCAGCCUGAUGCCAAGACUACAUAAGACAUGUGUCAAUAUUUGUUUGCUUUUCUAUAUUCCUAAUGGAGUAAUACAGUUGGCAAGGAUCUUGUAAGGACAGCCACGAGAUAUCAGUAGAUAGUCAGUGAAGCAGGGCCUGGUGAGUACUUCUGGAGUCUUCUGAGGACACAUGUAUUCUCAGCAGACCCCAGAGAGCAUAACUGUUUUCACUGAGAAGUGUUUGAACCACAGGAAAAGUAGUAACAUUGUCCUUGAGUGCAGACAGCCUCCCUAACUCUCCUAAAAAAACAACUCAUAAAAGAUGCAUUCACUUUUGACAGAAGUUGCAUCCUGCAGGUGGGAAACCUUCAUAUGAUGAGGAACAGCUGUCCAAAGAAUGCGUUCCUAUAAAAAUGCUAAAAUUAUUUUGUUUUAUAGUAACAUUGGCCUAUUGCUUUGUCAGAUAUCUGCUCAGAUGAUGUGAGUCAUGUGCAGUUGGGUUAUAAAGCGGGAAACAUUCUAAAAUUGGAUAUUGAAGUUAAAAAAAGGUAAAUUAUCUGAAAAAGAGUGCAUGAGAUUAAUAAACACUUGCCUUUAAUCAAAUAUGAGGACGUAUGCAUGUUAAAUUUUUCAUCCAUCAUCAUGGGGAAACACACAAACUUGCAUAAUUUAUAUAAAAUAUUUCAUAAACAAUUAGGAAAUGCCAAUAAAAAUUAUUGUCCAUGUUUGGGACAGUUUGCCAGCUGUGGUCCACGGGCUCCGGUGAAGAUUGAUGGCAUCAUGAAUUCCGUUAUGUUUAAGGAUAUUUUAACACAAUGACUGGUUGACUCUGCCAAGGACUUAUGACUUAAUAUUUCGACAUGAUAAUGUCCAUCCAAAUCAACACAGAAACUGGUUGUAGAAACACUAAAUUAAUUUCAAUUAGCUUGAAAUGGAGUGAGGAGUGGUCCAAUGUUCCUCCGUUCUUCUCUUUAGGGAAGUCUUCACCAAAUAUUAAUUGUAGGAGUGCUGAUCAUUUUGAAAUUAGUAUUCUGGGGAAUAAUUUACUACUCGUGCUAAAACUACAAUGCCCUCAUACACCAAAAGUUUAUAGACACCUGACCAUCACACUCAUAUGUGCUUGUUGAAGAUCCCAUUCCAGGUUUAUUUUCCUUUGCUGUUAUAACAAGCUCCACUCUUCUGGGAAGGCUUUCCACUAGAAUUUGGAGCGUGGCUGUGGGGAUUUCUGUUCAUUCAGUUACAAAAGCAUACAAGAGUUCCAGUGAAGGGAAAUUGUAGUGCUACAGCCUACAGAGACAUUCUAAACAAUUGUGUGCCUCCAACAUUGUGGUAACAGUUUGGGGAAGAACACAUAUGGGUCUCAAGGUCAGGCGUCAACAUACUUUUAGACAUAUAGUGUAUGUCUAAGGUUAAUACUGUAUAUCACUCAUUACAUUUGUUAUUUUAGUGAAAGAUUCCUCGUGUCCGUAUGGAUUUCUCUGGUUUCCUGCCACCUUCCAAAUGCCAGUAGGUGGAUUGGCCAUGCUAGAUUCCCCCUAGGUGUGAAUGAGUGUGUGAAUGAUGUCCUGCUAUGGACACUAUAACGUGUGGAGCCUUGCAUGUUUUUCCAAUAUGCAUGUGGGUUUCUUCAGGGUUCUCAAAUUUUCCUUCUACCUUGCCUACUCUAAAUUGCCCCUGGUGUCAUUUGAGUGUGUAAGUAAUCAGCUUGUAAAAAUAUAUUAGCAGAAAACUUGAGGAGUAUACACAUGAGUCCUGAUUAGUCAGUAAAUUAGUCCUGAAUAGUAAUAGUAAUAGAAAAUGGGUCAAACUGAUGAUUAGGAUGCAGUGGCUCUGCUGAGCCAGUGGCCAGUAGGUUGGUGAUGAAGAGCCCUAGAGAAUGGAAGGAAGGUGUGACAAUAAGCCUUAGCGAUCCCCAAUCCUAAUCUACUUGUUAGUUGUUUUGAUUACCAGGUCACGAGGUUGUUAAGGAUACUUAUCACUGCUGAGGUGCUUCAGGAGCAGAUGAGUGAUAGGCUUUACAGCAGGAGAAUGACUGAGGCUUGGGGUCUUGGUUUCAGGUUUGAUGAAUUGUGCUCUGGAAAAAGCUUGUUCUGUGAAGAGAAGUGCUUUCCAUUAUGACAGAUAUUUCCACUUGUCGACUAUCUGAGGACUUUGAAGGCAACACGGGAGCAGCUGGGAUUUCUGCUGACAUGGUGGGACUUUGAGAAAACAAACGGGUUAGUGAGUAUUAAGGAGGUUGGCUGUCUUUAAUCUUAGGGAAUUUAGAUGUUUAGAUUAGUGUAAACGGCAGAUCUUCAACAUUUAGAUUGCCUUGACUUGUUAACAGGACACGAUCAUUAAUCUUCAUCAUUCAUGUGUACUAGUAAAUACAGCACAGUAAAAUAAUUUAGCACAGAUUCCCAGCCCUGGUCCUGAAGUACCCCUUGUCCUAUACAGUAUUACUGUUUUCCAUUUUCCCACCAAACCUGAUCUAAUUAUUCAGCUAAUUAACAGCCCUGAGUUGAAGUGGGUGUGUUAGAGCAGGGAAAACACUAACAUGUGCACAACGGAAUAUUAAGACAAUCCUUUUCUUUGUUUUUAAUCCACGCCCUUCGGAGGAUUACUGAGACUUCAUUAGUGCAUAGUUCACAAAGUAAUGAUUCCUGUUAAAGAGGGAAAAGGACAUAUAUCACAUAUUUUUAAUGCAAUGACGUUAAUAAUAAUAAUAAAAAAAAAAAAAAAACAUUUGGACUCUGCAAACAAGCAUCUCAUAGCAACUAAACACCUGGACAUCAGAAUGAUCUGAAUAACCAAUCAGAGAGCUUGAAGAUGAAGGCAGGGCACAUGAGUAAUCUCAGAUUAUUUGGCUUUCAUUGAUGAGAGUCUUCUUAGCCGUGUUUGCUGUGUCGGACAUGUGCAUCGUAAGGGCUACAGUAGCUCAGGAUGACUAACAAGUGUAUCUUUGAUGCUGCCCCUGUUUGCUCUGAUGACAUGUCCAGGAGAGUGCAGUGAAUCAGUGUGUGUAACUCUGAUUAGGUGUGUAUGUCUGUGGCAAAGGGAGAUGGGAUGUGGUGCUACCAAACCCCAACCCAAAGAGCUGCAGCUGAAAAAAUGCGACAAAGGUACUUUUCAUAUUGGUGUGUCAACUAUUUUAAUCUGUAUCAUUUUACAUUUAGGCACAAAAACUUCACAGCUUCCAAAUAUAUAUUAAUCUACUUGACAUUGAUGGUUUUCUAAUUUUCUGUCUUUGUUGUUGUUGUUGUUGUUUUAUCUUUGCUCCCUUUAGCAAACAAUUCAGUUCCAGGUAAUUCAAUAUGUUUAAUAAACAGAAAUAAUUACAUGCUAAGUUUAAAAAAUUGGGUGCAUAACUAUCUACUAUAAUUACUCUUAUAUAUAUAAACAUUGCUUUUUUUUGUCUGAAGCUGUAACAGGUGAGUCAAUUCUAUUAGAUUAGCAUAGAUAGAUGGUGUAGCCUUUAGUAGAUUAUACUAUACAGCAUAGAGUAUUUUAUAGUAUCUGUAUUCAUCCUAAAUGUAAUACUGUUUAAUUCUUAGAAAUGAGGGAAAGAGAUAUAGUGUAGAAGAGUGCAGCAAGAAAAAAGUAUCAGGUUGUAAUUUGACUGAUAAGCAGCCUAUAUCCUAUAGAAGGGGUGUCCAAAAAUUCUUACUGAGGUUCACAGUAAGAAAAUGAAUGAAGUCACAGUCCCCAAGCCAUAAAUAAUAAUAUAAAUAAAGAAAUAAAUAAUACGCCUGCUUGAUUUCCAGCUUCUUAACUAGUGGGUUUUAAGUACUUUUAGAUAUAGAGUUGUAAUUUUUUACACUUCCCUCUGAACCUCUCAUUCAUUUGGGCCUCUGGUAUUAAUAACAUUAAUGGUAUGAAGAUGGGAAAGAAGAGGAGAUCAGAAGCGGGUCCAUUAUAGAUCUGGUUUUGCAUCGUAGCAGCACCCAGUGUUCAAAUCAGGAACUUCAUUUCUUUAUCAAACCUAACAGCAGGCCAACUAACAAACAGUGAUCUUUUUAAGAUGAUGGGCUACAGAUGGCCCAUGAGCUGUAGCUUGGAUGUUUGGACUCCCCUGUCCUAUAGGACAUAGGGUGCAGUAGGACUAGGCGUAUAGUGUGCAGUGAGUUGCCAUGUCAUUUGAGUUGUCAUUUCUUAUUUAAGAAGUCUGGGUUAAUAUAUGCAACACCUCUGGUCCUGUACAUCAUGUGUUGGACCACACAAAAACGUAUGGCAUCUCAGCUAGGUACAGCCAGUCCAUUCCUGUUCAUAUAAAAUAAAAAUGCGAUGGAAUUUAAAGACUGUGUACCUGUACAGCUAUGCGGGCCGCUUUACUCAUCCAGCGCUGGUACCGGCAGUAUGUGGCCCGCUUGGAGAUGAGGCGCCGGUGCACAUGGAACAUUUUUCAGUCCAUAGAGUACGCAGGAGAGCAGGAUCAGAUCAAGCUGUACAAUUUCUUUGGCUACCUCAUGGAUCACUUCACUCCUGCAAGCAAUGAAAGGAAGCUGAUCUCCCACAUAUUUCGGGAGACGGAGGUGUUCCUGGACACAGAAUGGGAGCGGUACUUCUGCUACAAGGACAUCGUGGUGCCGGACGUUUACACCGGGCCUCACCUCAUGUUUCCUCUGACUGUCAGCAAUGUCACUGAUCUAGUGGAGGCCUUCAAACAAAAACAACAGCUCCAUUCUCGAUAUGUCCUCCAGCUCCUUGGGGAAACUUGGAGAUUGCUCCGGGUUCUGCCAAACAUUAACGUGGUGUCUACACGCCACAGCAAGGAGAUCACCAUCUGUGGAGACUUGCACGGACAACUUGAAGAUCUCCUGCUGGUGUUCUAUAAGAACGGCUUGCCAUCAGUGGAGAAGCCGUACGUCUUUAACGGAGACUUUGUGGAUCGAGGGAAAGACUCCAUUGAGAUUCUGCUGAUUCUGUUUGCCUUCCAGUUGGUGUAUCCCAACGACGUCCACCUCAACAGGGGAAACCACGAAGACCACAUUGUGAAUCUGAGGUACGGCUUCACCAAGGAGGUUCUUGGGAAGUACAGGGUUCAUGGGAAGAAGAUCCUAAAGCUGCUCCAGAAGAUAUUUAGCUGGUUGCCCUUGGCAACCGUAAUCGACCAGAAAGUGCUGAUUCUGCACGGAGGGAUCUCAGACACCACUGACCUCAAACUUAUUGCCAAACUGGAAAGACACAGAUAUGUCUCAGCACUGAGGCCCCCGAAGCGUCCUCGGCAGACCCCAAAGCCCUCAGACAGAGACGAGGAGCGCUAUAGCACCUCCAGUAGGAAACGAGUGCGCUCUUUAACGUAUGAACGACGCCCCCUGCACAACUACUACAUCCGCACGAGCCCCUCUGUGGAGGAGGAGCUUCAGGAAAGGAGGAGGUGGGCGGGGCUCAGCGCCUCCUGCGACAGGCUUCACUUCUUUUCCUCAGAUUCGGACCCCGACUCAGUAGAGGCUCCAGAGACGGACGCAGAUGAGUGGAAGCAGAUAGUGGAUAUGCUGUGGAGUGACCCGAUGCCACAGGAUGGCUGCGUCCCAAACGAGGUGCGAGGAGGCGGCUGUUACUGGGGCCCUGACGUCACGCGGGAAGUCCUCGACCGCCACAACCUGCAGCUGCUCAUCCGAUCCCACGAGUGCAAACAGGACGGCUACGAGUUCUGUCACGACCGCAGGGUGCUGACCAUUUUCUCUGCGUCUAACUAUUAUGAAGUGGGCAGCAACAGAGGAGCCUAUAUAAGAUUAGGACCAGACUUGAACCCUCAUGUUAUCCAGUACCAGGCCAGCAGAUCCACCAGAGAACUGACCCUGAGACAGAGUGUUGGAUGGACGGAGCGUUCGGCUCUCCGAGCCUUGAGAGAACAGCUGUUUGCCCACAAGUCAGACCUCAUCAGUGCCUUCCAGGAGUAUGAUCCAGAGCACACAGGUGUGAUCUCGAUGAAGCACUGGGCUGCUGCGAUGGAGUCAGUGUUGCGACUCGGCCUGCCAUGGAGAGUCCUGAGAUCCCAGCUGGUGGGCUGCAACACACAGGACGGCACGCUCAACUACCACGACUGGUUCAGAGAACUCGACAUCACCGAGCCCAACAACGAGCUCGCUCAUACAGGGCUCCUGGAAACCAUGUACAGACACCACUCCAAUCUAGAGACCAUCUUCAGAAUUAUAGACACAGAUCACUCAGGACUCAUCUCACUGGAGGAGUUCCGUCAGACGUGGAAGCUGCUGAGCUCCCACCUGAAGAUGGAGAUCAGUGACGAAGCCAUAUCAGACCUGGCCAUAAGCAUCGACUUCAACAAGGACGGCAGCAUCGACAUCAACGAGUUCAUGGAGGCCUUCAGGCUGGUGGAGAGCACGGUCGGAGCGGUGACCUCUGACCUUCUAGCCUAAAAGCCCCUCACAGACCAGGUCCUGUCCAGUUUUAAGCAUCCGGCCUACGCAGGGACAGGAAAAAGCAAUAGCGCCUGGAAUGCAAUGAACCCAGAUCUUAACUGGUCGAAUCGGAUCACUUGUAUGGAAACUGAUUUACUGAAUCUGAAUUUGUGAACACUGAAAAAAAAAAAAAAAACUAUUUGAACAUACACUUGAUUAUUUUUUGAAGAACUCUGAAAUAAAACUACUCUGAAUUUCAAAGAAGUUAGUUCAAAACAUAUAUUAUUAAUAUGUGUUUAAUAUUUCAGUAUAUAUUAAUAUAUUCCAGUGCUUUGAAUUCAGUGGCAUUUAAAUUUUAUUAUUAAGAAUCAUUGCUUAAUUAUUUGCCAGUGAAGGUAAAUAAUUGCUUAAUUGCUAUUUAACUUCACUGUAAAUGUACCGUUUUGAUUUUCAACCCAUUUGACUGUAAUUUUAAAUGAAUACAACCUUUUUAAAAAAUAAUAAAAUGCAACAUAUUUCAAGCGUUUCUCACCUGGAAUAUAAAAAUGUGACUUCAUCAAUAAUGAUCAAGCAUAACAUUUAACUGUGUAUCUACUUUAGAUUUCAUUGUCAUAGUUUUCUGUAUUGGUGGUAUAAUUUAUUGUUUUUGUUUUAUUUUUAUUUAUAAAGAUUCCAUUAAAAAUGAGGCCUGAUCUCAGUCAGCUUGUUUCGUGUAUAUAUACAUAAAUACUGUUAAAUAAAUAAAAAUAUUAAAUUAUUAAAAUUAAAUUAAAAGAGAUGCACAAGACUCAGACAUCAUCAAAAAAUUAGUAUCUUGAUCAUAAAAAAAUUUCUUCUAUAGCCAGUUGUUACAGUUAUGACCCCUAAGUUGAUUAUUUUCCAAUAACAGCCAGUCCCGAAGUAUUUUAUUAAUCUUAUACCACAGCUAGUUAGUUCCUUAAAGUCACAGCUUUACCUCUGUUACAAAAUGCUAAUACUGGAGACUCCUUCCUUAAAUGUUAAAGAAACGUCUAAAAAUAUUAUUAUGUCACAAGAGAUACUACUCCUGUCCACGUGGUGCAACACCAACAUAAAUAGUGGAGGAAGUAUAGCACUAUGUGACACUGUGUCUGCAACUGAUUAAACAAAUUAACGUGUGUAAUACAGAGAUCGUUAUUGAGUACAAACACUCAAUAAAGGGUUUCCUAUUACAGUUGGUAUUUGGAUUUUAAAAACCUCUUAAACUUACCUAAUGCUCUGUUUUGACUACCAGUUUUUUGGAUUUUCUAGAUUAGUAAAUUCUUUUGAAAGAACAGUGAAGGUUUUGAUUUGAGGCUCGGAUCAUGACGACAAUCACGCCGACGGCAGAAAGCUUUAAAGAGAAACGGCGCUCGUCAGUGUGUCUAAUGUCACUGUGCACAGAUGACAUGCCAUUUAAUGGACGCAGAAUUUAAUCUUCUAGAUGUACAUAAGAUAUGCAAGUGAGAAUCUUAGAAUCCAUUAUUAUACUGGACAGCAUGGACUUGGAAUCUGUCCUAGACAGUGAAAGUCUGGAUGAGUUUUCAGGAAUGUUGGAUCUUGCCUUGGUGUGAAAAUCUACUUUUACAAAUAAAUAACCGGCUUUGGUGGAGAAGGUUGUGUUUAUUCAGCACAGAUGUUCAGAGCUCUCUCUCUCUCACACACACACACACACACCACGGCUCCCAGCUACCUUGGCGGCACAUGAAAGGCCAGAAUCUUCCGCCGAUAACAUGAAUAAUAUUUUCUAUUUUUCCACCUGCCACUCAAGGCCAGAUGCGAGGUCAAACUGAGGGUGAACAGGGUCACAUCAGUCAGCACGCAUUUACACACAGGUUACCAUCCAGGUGUCCAAAAUCCUGUCAUCACCAAACCCUCAUGCUCCUGGAUGUGAACUCUUGUGCUUUCCAGAAAAAAAGGGAGUCAUGAUCAGAAAAGCAACAAUCUGAACCCCCCCAAAAAAGCUCCAUGCCAAGAUGCCAUCUGUGGGAGCUUCAGCCUGGCAACUGGCAACUUAAUAUAGCAAAGGAAUGAUACCCAAUCAUGGAAUGAAGGGAGUGCGCUCGGGCCUGCAGGUGGCUUUUAAAUAUAGCUUUUUAUUAUUUACACAAACCUCUGGAUGAAAGGUGGAGAUUCCAAGACCAAAAAACUCACCAAAGAGAGCCUACAUUUCAACAACACAUCCCAGUAAGUCACUCCACCCCACUUACUGACAGGCUGCUUCCAGGAAAAUAUUCAAGAUCACCUCCAAAUCCUUUGAGAGCAUAACUUUAAUUUAACAUAAAUUUAUGUUCCUGAUUUCUGUUACUGUCUAGACUAUUCUCAGGUCAUUCUCAGUGGAACAUCUGGUUUAUUUAUUUAUUUUUUAAACUGAAGUCAGAAAUCAACUGAAUCAUGCAACACUCCUAAGCUAGGUCAAGGAUAUUGCUAUAUUUUCUUCAAUAAUUUGGUCAGCAUUAAAUAUUUUCAAUGUGAAUGUUAACUAUUUUUGCUUAUAAGAUAAUUUAUCUUAUAAGCAAAAAUAAGAAUUUUCAGGUUUGUUUUAUUGUUUUU